GGUUUCUUUGGGUGAUUUAUUUCUCGCGGUGCGUUUCGGGAGUUGUAGUCUUUGCGAUGCUUGCUGGGAGCCGUGGUCUGAGCCAGGCUCAGGAGACGGGCGUGGACGUACCUACCACACGGCGGGCUUUAGGACCCGGCGGGGCACCGUGGCCCGGGGGAAGGGUCGGGGGAGGUCGGGAGCGCGUCCGUGAGCCGAGAGUAGCAGCGGCGUCGGUGGUGUCGGGAGCGAGCGGGUCCGGGAGCAGCGCGGGUGGUGGAGGAGGAGCCCGGGGCUCGAUUCUCUAACCAUGGCACAGGUGGAGAAACGAGGGGGUUUGCUCCGGAAAUCUUCAGCCUCCAAAAAACCGCUGAAGGAAAAAGUGGUGCUGAUGUAUGAUGAGAUCUUCAUGACAGAGGACCCCAGUAAGUGCAGUCCGCGAUUUUGGGAGGAGCUCUUCCUUAUGAAGGUGAAUUUAGAGUACCUAGAAGGCAAGUUGGAAUCUCUUGAUGGUGAGGAGUUAAUGAAGAUCAAGGACAAUAUUAAUUGCUUAUUUCAACACUGUAUCCAGGCUCUGGGAGAAGAACAUCCGAUUCGAGUUGUCAACGCACUGCAGACCUUGUGUGCGCUCAUUCGAGGAGUCCAUCAAAAGAAUAAGUCUACCUCUGGGUUUGACAUUAUCAACAUGCUGAUGGGCUUUGACAAGGCAGAGCUGUGCAUGAAGAACUUGAUGGAGAGUUUGGAUUCACUGCUUUGUGCAGAAGGUUCAGAAAGUCUGAAGAGUUUAUGUCUGAAACUUCUCCUUUGCUUAGUGACUGUGACAGAUAACAUCAGCCAGAACACUAUCCUAGAGUAUGUAAUGAUCAACAGCAUAUUUGAAGCAAUUUUACAGAUACUCUCCCACCCCCCAAGUCGCAGGGAGCAUGGGUAUGAUGCUGUUGUCCUUUUGGCUUUGUUGGUGAAUUACAGAAAAUAUGAGUCUGUGAAUCCUUAUAUUGUGAAGCUGUCUAUCGUGGAUGAUGAGGCCACACUCAAUGGAAUGGGGCUUGUGAUUGCUCAGGCUUUAUCUGAGUACAACAGGCAGUAUAAAGACAAGGAAGAAGAACACCAGAGUGGUUUUUUCUCUGCUUUAACAAAUAUGGUGGGCAGCAUGUUCAUAGCAGAUGCCCAUGAGAAAAUCUCAGUACAAACCAAUGAGGCCAUCCUUCUGGCACUUUAUGAAGCUGUUCAUUUAAAUCGCAACUUCAUCACAGUGUUAGCCCAGAGUCAUCCAGAAAUGGGCUUGGUGACAACCCCUGUCAGUCCUGCUCCAACAACUCCAGUCACACCACUUGGAACCACGCCGCCCUCCUCUGAUGUUAUAAGUUCUGUGGAACUCCCACUGGAUGCAGACGUACAGACCAGUAAUCUACUGAUAACCUUCUUAAAGUACAGCUCGAUUGUCAUGCAGGACACCAAAGAUGAGCACCGACUUCACAGUGGCAAACUCUGUUUGAUUAUACUUACGUGUAUUGCAGAGGAUCAGUAUGCCAAUGCAUUUUUGCAUGAUGACAAUAUGAACUUUCGAGUAAACUUACAUAGAAUGCCUAUGAGACAUAGGAAGAAGGCAGCGGACAAGAACCUUCCCUGCCGUCCCUUAGUAUGUGCAGUCCUGGACCUGAUGGUAGAGUUUAUUGUAACACACAUGAUGAAGGAGUUUCCUAUGGAUCUGUAUGUACGCUGCAUUCAGGUAGUACAUAAACUACUUUGCUACCAGAAGAAGUGUAGAAUACGCCUGCAUUAUACCUGGCGGGAACUCUGGUCAGCCUUGAUAAAUUUGCUGAAGUUCCUUAUGUCAAAUGAGACCGUACUUUUGGCCAAACACAACAUUUUUACAUUAGCCCUUAUGAUUGUGAACCUAUUUAAUAUGUUUAUCACAUAUGGCGACACAUUCCUGCCCACUCCCAGCAGCUACGAUGAACUCUACUAUGAGAUUAUCCGCAUGCACCAGAGCUUUGACAACCUCUACUCUAUGGUCCUGAGGCUUUCUACCAAUGCAGGCCAAUGGAAAGAAGCAGCUAGCAAGGUGACCCAUGCAUUGGUUAAUAUCAGGGCCAUCAUCAAUCACUUUAACCCCAAAAUUGAAUCCUAUGCUGCUGUGAAUCACAUAUCCCAACUGUCGGAGGAGCAGGUGCUGGAGGUUGUACGAGCCAACUAUGAUACACUCACACUGAAGCUGCAGGAUGGCCUGGACCAGUAUGAGCGCUAUUCGGAGCAGCACAAGGAAGCUGCCUUCUUCAAGGAGCUGGUUCGAUCCAUUAGCACCAACGUCAGGAGAAAUCUGGCCUUCCACACACUCAGCCAGGAAGUCCUGCUCAAGGAGUUCUCCACUAUCUCCUGAGGCCACGCGUAUCUGAGCAGCUGCCGACUGCCCUUACCCACGCGAGGCUCCCGGGCUGGAGGGGGACUGCGGGGAGAGGGGCUGUCCCCUAGGCUGGAGAAUAACACAGAGACCGAGUUCUCUUGGUGAAGGCCGUGCUUCAGUGGAUCUGGACGGCAGUGGCCAGGAGGGGCAAACCAGGGGUACUCUUAUUUGGGGAGGGUUUGGGUGGGCACAGGGAGAAGCCUUCAAGAAUGUGGGGACUUCCAGCAUGGGCUCCCUGGAUACCCCUUCACAUUUUCAACGGAGAUUACAAGUUGUGGCUGCUGCCUGCCUUUCAGGGGCUGUUGGGGCAAGUCUUAGGGUGAGGCCAGCUUCCUGCGGGCUGUGGCUCUCUGAGGCGUCUGAAAACAGACCAACUCUCAGAUGUAGGUGGAGCCAGCUCUGCUUUCUUUGGGCCCAGGGCUGAGCUGAGCUUGAAAUCUGUGUCCCCUGCCCUUGGUGGCACGCUGUCCAGUCAUGAGGACCCUUAGCUCAGCUCGAGGUAGGGUAGGAACGGAGGACCUUUUCUGCCUUCUCCAUCUGGGAGACCAGUGCCCUGCUGUCCAGCCACCACUUUCUGGAUUUGAUUCUUGGCACCAGGAGUGCCUGUUAGCUUUCCCCUGCCUUCCAACCCAUUGACUCAUCAGCACCAUAGGGUCACAACCUGAGCUUUUCAUUUUCAACCUGGUUUAAACUGUCUUUAGGGUGUGUGUGUGAAAUAAACAUUGACAGGUUUUCUGGA